AUGGUUCAGUUGGCUCUCUUUAGUACUAUUGCUGCUUCUAUUGCUCUUGUAGCUGCUAGCCCUAUCAAUGGAGGAUCAUCCAAUGCUACUGUCACAUCCACCAAUGCUACUGCUACCUCUGGUGGUGUUCUCGCAACCUCAUCUCCUGCCUAUCUUCCCAGCUUUCCCUUCCAUGGCAUCACUCCUUUGAGUCCUGUUCCUACUGGUGCCAUCACAAAGAACUCUUCUUUCAAAACGGCAGAUUAUCCCGAGGCAUGGACUCAACCUGAUGUCAACCAUCCUGAGGUGCAAGCUGCCAUCAAAGCCAUCAACUGGGCUUAUGUUCCUAAAUUUAAGCCUCGUACUGAGGGUAUGGCCUAUGAUGACAAUAAGGAUGAGGCCUGCUGGUGGACUAACACUCAAUGUACUACUCCCAAGGCCAAGUAUUUGCCUGCGGAUGUCAAGCACUGUCCCAAUGUGGGCGAUUUUGGUUUGACUUACGAUGAUGGACCAUUGCCUUCUACCAGUGAUAAUGAUCCUUGGGCUGAGCCUCGUCUCUACGACUUCCUUGCUGGCCAAAAACAGACUGCCACUUUGUUUUAUGUCGGAUCUAAUGUAGCUGCAUUCCCUGAGGCUGCUGUCCGUGCGCUUGAAUCUGGCCAUACCAUUUGCGCGCACACAUGGUCUCACCCUCAGAUGACAACCCUCACCAAUCAUGAAAUCGUUGCUCAGUUGUACUGGAAUCUGCGCGCCAUCAAGGAAGCUGCUGGUGUCACACCUCGCUGUUGGAGACCUCCUUAUGGUGAUGUCGAUGACCGUGUCCGCGCUAUUGCUCAUCAGAUGGGUAUGUCAACCAUCAUUUGGGAUAGUGAUUCAUUCGAUUGGGGUUUGCCUUCCGUUGCUAAUGAUUUUGCUGGCACUUACACUCAAGCUACUGUGGACGGAUUUUUUGAAAGCUGGAUUGCUGAACGCAAGAGUGGCAAGGACACCCAUGGCCACGUUGUCUUGGAGCACGAAACUAGCAACAUGACUAUCGUCACUACAGAGAAGUGGCUCCCCAAGCUGAAGGAAGCUUUCAAUGUGAAAAAGGUCCAUGAUUGCGCUCCUCAACUCCCUAGUCCUUACUGGGAAGCUUAA